GUAAUAUUAUCUACAAAACGAAUGGUCUCACUGUCGUCUGAAAAUGUAUUUCCUCAGCACGACAAGUCAGUCAAAACAAACCAGAUUGAACCGACUUUUUAAAAUGGCAAUAUAAAAAACCCCCCAACAACAACCAGGGAAAACGAGUUGCUCAACUAGAGAGAGACACAUUCAAGACCACGGGGUAGAGCAGCCCGUAGUCACGAUAUAACUAUGUAAAUUUGGUUAAAAACAAUCCACUCCACUAGCCCAUGAACCAGUUCGAUGCCAAUCGGGGAAAUUAAUCAACCAACCGGGUUCUUUAUUCGGAUAUUUCCAGCUUCCAUCAUCGAUCACUCCGCGUUGAACUCACAAUCACAGCAGUUGUAGUACCGGUAGCAGUCACAGUACGCGAGACGACAGCGAGGGGCACGUCGCUCUUCACUGCAAAACUACACGCAUCAGGAUAGGCCUAUAGUGGUAAAGCUGAACCUUUGCCCAGAUAGCUGGUUCACGCAGAAAGCAAACAAAAAAGACACUGCAUGUACAGGUUUUGUACCGGGCACAUGUGGUGCGAUGAAACAGACCUGCCGGUGCGUGGAGAGCUUAUCACGAGUAUCGGCAUAGACCCCCAGCUUGAAAGAAUCAGUUUACGUAACGGCAUCUAUUCUUUAUUGUUCUUUCCUUUCGUAACGUGUGCCAGCUUGUUUACGGUCAAGACACUAGGGGGCACUAAUAAACAGUUCCAUUUCAAGUUGGCGUAGGCGACGCUUAGAUCUGAAUAGUGGUAAACCCAUAUUAUAGAUCAAGUUGUGUACCCGCAAUUUCACCCGAUUUUCUUAAGUUUUCGAGAGUAAAUAAAAAGUCAUAAAGUCUUUACACCAGCUAUACCAAUUUAGUGUACACUAAGUAAGAAUAAAUAAGAAUCUACCAACUGUCUUGAUAACGAACGACUUGUGAAGAAUUUCAACGCUGCUUCAACGUUAUUGUUAUAAAUAAUAUAUGGGAUAUCACAUAAGCAGGACACAAGUGUGAACAUUCUUUGGACUCCUGACCCCAGUGAUAUUUGUGUGUCUUCUCGAACAAGCUGCGAAUCGCCAUGGCAACUUUUAAGGAAAGAGAAUCUCUCCUUCAUCCCCCGGAAGUUACUUCCUCCGCUACCAUGUCUUCCACCAUGUCAGAGAAAGACAAAACGGCAGACGCCGAAGUCAGCUGUACCCCAGAGAUACCGGGCGCUGAAACGCCCACGUGCGUGUCCUCACCAAUGAACACAUGUCUGGUAUUAUCUCUGUCCUUCACCUUCGUCUACACAGCUUACCUGGCAAUACAGAAUCUCCAAAGCAGUCUGAACCAGGAAGAGAAUCUCGGAGUGAGCUCUCUGUCUGUGCUCUACGGUACCAUUAUCAUAUGCGGGACUAUGGCGCCAACUCUUAUUCGUCUGAUUGGCGCGAAAAAUGUAAUGCUCACUGCCUGGUUAAUCCACGCCAUCUACACCGCCUGCAACUUCUACCCGACGUGGGGGACGCUUAUUCCAGCGUCCGCGCUCAUGGGUGCCAUUGCGGCGCCGAUGUGGACUGCGCAGGGUAUUUACAUCACUUCCGCCGGGGAAUCUUACGCGAAGAUGUUUUUCUCUGCCAUCCCGACGAGCGAGGCGCUGCAUGCCGUACUGAGCAAGUUCAACGGAAUCUUUUUUAUGUUCUACGAGAUGACACAAAUUACAGGUAAUCUCAUUUCUUCCUUCGUUUUGUCAUCUGGAAGUUACAACUCCACGAACAGUAACGAGCCUAAAGUUUGUGGCGUGCAUGUGUGUGACACUGCAGACACGGGAUCCAACACAAGUUCUUCCUCUGAAGUAGAAGAGCCUGAAAAAGACGUGGUAUACAUUCUACUGGGUGUUUUCUUAGCUUGUAACAUUGUGGGCUUUCUGGUCACAGCUUUUUUCCUCCCCAAGUUGAAGAAUCCAGAGAAGGAUUCAAACGUCACUGGCGGCUGUUCAGAGAUGUUUGGCUGCAUGAAGAUGGUGGUCGACAGUCGGAUGGUGUUGCUGAUACCUCUGUUUAUGGGCCAGGCUAUGGCGGUAGGAGUCCUGUAUGGAGAUUAUACGAGGGAUUACAUCAGCUGUGGUAUCGGCAUUCAAUGGGUAGGCUACAUUAUGACGUCAUACGGAGUUUGCACAGCCGUCUUCGCAAUCAGUAUCAACUCCCUGGCUCGUCACAUGGGCCGCUUGUCGCUCUUCAUCAUCGCGGUCUUGGCAGACGUGAGCACCCUAGUCGCCAUGUUGAUCUGGUCCCCUGCCGGAAACGAGUACGUCGCCGUGUACUUCCUGAUCCCGGCUGUUUCUGGGAUCUCUGAAGGCAUUAUGCAAGCACAGUUUAACACUCUUGUGGCUCAAGUGUUCUCCGACAACAUGACUCCGGCUUUUGCGACCUAUCACACGUCUAAAGCCACGUCCUUCACCCUGACCUUUGUACUCUCCACCUUUGUGUGUCUGCGGUACCGUCUCUUCAUUUCCAUCGGCCUGUACGGACUGGGGCUUGUAGGGUAUUUGAUCACAGAGUUCCGCCUAAAACGUCGAGCUACUUACACCGACAAGCACGGGCAAACAGAGGUCAAGAAACAGUCUGACAUCGUCGACAACACAACGAAACACAACAGCGGACUUCAAUAAGCAUUGAGAACUGUUCAUUACUCAAUAUUGCCGAAUAAAAACGAAUUCACUCUUA